AUGGCUACCCCUAGUGUCCUCGCUUUUGACGCUGAGGGUCGAGCCAUUGACUUUGAGGUCUGGGUCGACGACCUGCAGCUGUUCUUACAGUGCGAUAGGGCGGACGGUCUUUCUCUCUUUGACCUCACCUCUGGCGCCUCUCCUGCCCUUGCUGCUGAUGCUGACCCCACUGUUCGCUCUCAGUGGGCCACCCGCGAUGCUGCUGCACGUCUGCUGUGCAUCGCCACCUGCCUACCACUGAGCGCGCGCACUUUAGUCAGGGUGUUCCCUUCCCCCCUGUUGCCCUCUGUCGCCUCUACUGCUGCGGCCGACCUACUUGGUCUUAAGUCGGUCGAUGCGGCGUCUGCCCCUAGCGGGAGACGCCGCUCUGGCAAGGGCAAGGGGGGCAAGGGCGCGGGUGGAGCUAGCGGGGGUGGUGGAGGUGGCGGUGGAGGCGGCGGAGGGAGUGGGGGUGGCGGGGGAGUGGUGCCGGGGGUGGAGGUGGCGGUGGCAGCGGCGGAGGCGGAGGCGGCGGUGGCGGUAGCGGUGGGAGCGGAGGCGGCGGUGGCGGCGGAGGUGGAGGCGGCGCUGGUGGAGGAGGUGGAGCUGGUCGAGGUGGUACUUCUCAGCGGAGCGGCUCCGGCAGUGUGGUCAGCGCCAGCAGUAGCAGCAGAAGCAGCAGCAGCAGCGUUUCUCGGGACAUCCCCCCUCCUCAGCCGCUCCGUGAGUGGUACACGCAGCGUCAGCGUGGUGGGGGUUUUGGCCCGUGCACCUACGUCCUCCGCUCCGGCGACCGCACGGGUGAGCAGUGUGGGGGUGCUCACCCCACCCAGCGCUGCUUGGCCGCCUGACGGACGCUUGGCGUGA